UUUCACCGGAAGUGAAACUCACUUACUGCAUUACGUUCGCAUCUUUCGUAUUGUUUAUCUUUCUCGAGAUGAACUCUAGUCGGCUUUACUUAUAUUUAUUGAAGUCUCUUUAAAUAGCCAUUAUUCGGACUAUAUUAAUGAGUUUUUAAGACAUUUAGAGUGUGGUUGUGUCACACAGCAGGCGUUAAUACGAGUGUUUAGGGUUUGUUGUGUGUUUUGGCCUGAGCUGAGACACAUUCAUAUAUUUCACACAUUUAUUCUUUUCCUUUUUUUUCUUUUUUUUUUGGCUCAGUGUUUUUUUUUUAUUUGUAUAGUAAAUCAUGGCUGUUGUCAACGAGGGAGCUCUUAAAAAGAUGCUGAAGCAAUACAAGUACAGAGAUCUCACUGUCCGAGAGAUAACAAACGUCAUCUCUCAGUACAAAGACCUCAAACCCGUUAUGGAUGCGUACGUGUUUAAUGACGGAUCAUCCAGAGACUUGAUGAGCCUCACAGGAACUGUACCCGUUAGUUAUAGAGGAAAUGUGUACAAUAUUCCCGUGUGCUUGUGGCUGUUGGAUACAUAUCCCUACAAUCCUCCUAUAUGUUUUGUGAAGCCCACCAGUGCGAUGAUGAUCAAGACCGGCAAACACAUUGAUGCCAACGGCAAGAUCUACCUUCCCUACCUGCACGAGUGGAAGCAUCCUCAGUCAGAUCUAUACGGGCUCAUCCAGGUCAUGAUUGUGGUGUUUGGUGAGGAGCCGCCUGUUUUCUCCAGACCCACGACACAGCCUCCUUACCAGGCCUUCCAAGCUGCCGGACCCCCCAACCAGUCCUAUAUGCCAGGAAUGCCAGCAGUGUCUCCAUAUGGGCCCAACCCAAACCCAUGUGGUUACCCGGGUUACCCUUACCCAGGAGGCAAUGCUUACCCUGCCACAAGUGGUCCUGCACAUUACCCUUCCCAGACUCCUGCCACCACUGUGGGUCCAAGUCGUGAUGGUACCAUCGGUGAGGACACCAUCCGAGCGUCGCUAAUCUCAGCUGUGAGUGAUAAACUGCGCUGGAGAAUGAAGGAGGAGAUGGACAGAGCGCAAGCCGAGCUGGACGCCCUGAAGAGGACAGAGGAAGACCUGAAGAAAGGACACCAGAAGCUGGAAGACAUGGUGUCCCGCCUGGACCAGGAAGUGGCUGAGGUGGACCGAAACAUUGAGCUCCUCAAGAAGAAGGACGAGGAACUGAGCGAAGCCCUGGAGAAGAUGGAGAACCAAUCAGAAAACAAUGACAUUGAUGACGUGAUCAUACCAACAGCCCCGCUCUACAAGCAAAUCCUAAACCUGUAUGCAGAGGAGAACGCUAUAGAGGACACCAUCUUUUACCUGGGAGAAGCCCUGCGGAGAGGAGUCAUCGACCUGGAGGUCUUCCUCAAGCAUGUGCGCUUGCUGUCCCGAAAACAGUUCCAGCUGCGGGCGCUCAUGCAGAAAGCAAGGAAGACCGCUGGACUGAGUGACCUUUACUGAGCCUGCCGUCACCAAUGCAUUCUCCUCCUGACACUCCAGCGCUGAUCAUAUGACCCGGACUCUGAUCUGGGUCAGUGGGAGCUCACCGGUUUAUGAUAUUUUACUUCAGUGAGAAUUUUAGCUACUGUACCUCCUUGAUUUGGAUAUUUGAACACUAAAAGGUCAAAACUAGCUCUGAGAAUUAGAAGUAAAUGAUACGUCAUAGACAUUAUGUUCCUUCUUUCAUUUGAGCUUCUCAUGUUAAACUGGCAGGUGUUUGCGUCUUUGGCUUUAGAUAUUUGUAUUAACCGUACAGAGUGAUGCAUUUAAAAUGAGACAUCCACAGGUAAUAUGUGAUAAAAAUGUGUGGAUAGCUACUCCUAUUUUCAUUCAGGCACUGUUACAAUUUAUUGUCAUACUUCAUACCUACGUGAAUCACAGGGAAAUUCACCCCAAAAAUGAAAAGAGAAAUGUACGUUUUGCAUAAAAAAUUAAACCUAUUUUUAGACUAUUCCGUUUUUUUACAUUGUGGCAUUAUCAUGACAGUUAAGUACAUGAGAAAAAUAAAUUCUUAUUGUUACUACUGUAACACAUUAAUAAAAUAUAUCCGGUCCAAGCAUUUUUGAUUACUUAAAAAAUAAAUAAAUAAAUAAAUAAAAUAAUAAAAAAAGAUAAAAUCAGCAUUACAUUUAAUCAUAUUUUUUGUGAAUUUUUGAAAAAUGUCUUUAAUAUCACAAUGCAAAAAAAGUAACUGUCUAAAAAUAGACUUCAUUUACUUUAUGCAAAAUAUAAUUUAUUGUUCCUUUUAUUUUGGGGUAAAAUAUGACAUUUCUUGAGAUUCACAGUGAACAGUGAUGACUUAUGGUUCAAUAUUUCAAUUUUAUUACAUUUAUUUUGCUGGAUUUAUUAUUUAUCGUCACAAUUGGGAACUAUUUGGUGUUCCAGAUUUAUUGUUAUGAUGUUAUAACUGUAAAUCAUUUAGUUGUAUACAAAGUAUGGGUUGCUACUAAUAAUGUUUGUUUUGAAUACUGAAAAGCUAUAAACUGUUGUACUGUACUUUAAAAUUUCUGACUGUUUAUUCUUCUAAAUGGGUUUAAAAUAUUAACAAUUCUUUAGAAGCUUUUUUUUCCCUUACCUGUUGGAUUUCAGUUGCAAUUGUUUUAAUGCACUUUUGGGAUGUGAAUUACAUUUUUAAGACUUGCGUUGCUGUUUCGUAGAGACUUUCCCCCCUAAUAUUUGUUCCAGGCUAUAGAUUGUCAAGCAGAUCAAAUAAAAUAACAUCUUGAUAGAUUUGUGAACAGUCAGCAAUUGCCUCAUGUUUUCAUAUUAGUGUGUGUAAUAAAUGGUUGGCAGGUCCCACUGUGCCAACUUGUAUUUUGACCUUGAGGUAUUAAACUCAAGACCAGCCUUAUAUUAAUUCUAUUUAAUGCACAUUUGGAAAUGCUCUAAUACACUUUUGACAGAUUAUUUAAACAACAUGGUUCACAAACCCAGUUUGUUUCGAUGUAGCUAUUAUGUCUAGAGUACAAACACAGAAAAACAGCUUUUGUAGUUAGUCACAUUGUUUAUUUGGUUACAGGCUGCAUCUCGAUUGUACAGUCACAAGCUUCAAGUAACGGCUAUAACCAACGCUGUGCAUUUACCACUCGGCUGGAGUGCGCCGUUCUCAUGGACCAACACUAACGGAAAUAAAAAUACGACAACAGCAUUUUGUUUCCAGCUGAUGCAUACAUACAUACUUGCACCAAUUACAAGUAGUUUUUAACACUUACUUUAAAUUAA